AUCCGUCUCUUGCUAUGCGUAGUGCAACGAAAGAUAACCCCCAAUAGUCAUGAACAAGCAAUUUCUUUUACAGUUAAAAAUGAUACACAUUUUCCUAUGGAACAAAUUCAUUGAGCGAUUGUGCCGAGAAGAGUGGUGAUGGUCUUAAUACGUGAUACAAAUGUUGAGGCUGUUGAUUGUGGCAUGUCAGGCGUGGAUGCGGGUGGGGAGUUGACGGCAGUCUCAUGAUUCCCUCCCAAGUUGAGAGCGAGAGCGCAUCGCUCCUCUUUCGAUUUACGUUCUAUCUUCUCCGUCACUCAUUUGUUACUGUUUUUGACCGACUACGCAUGCCUUGAUAUUCUCUCCGGGCACGGCGCAAGUGACAUUAACUCCGGAACGUUGGUGAAGGCCAUCCACAGCAACAGCGGGGUGCCGACGACAUCACCUCUCGAUAUCAUGGCCGACGUCAAGCGCAACACGGGCAAGGCCAGCGCUGGACAGGUGCCAGAGGCCAUCGACAGCCUAGCAGCCGCCAUUGGCGCUCGUGUCAAGAUCACGACCGUCGCGCCACACUCGCAGACUCUACAGGGCACGCUCUUCACUGCAUGCCCUAUGCUCAAUGUCGUCGCCAUAAACACCGCUCCUGCUCCCCCGAACCCGUCAUCCACCCUCUCCAACCAGCCCGGCGACUACCACAUCAUCCCCAUCAAGCACAUCUCCACCUUCGAAAUCCUGUCGCUAGACCCGAACUCGGCCAAGCAGACCAUCAGUGCUGUGCAACCACCUGUCGCUGCCGUGGACAUCAAGAAGUUGCGCGAACGUGAAGAGGCCAAGAUCCGUCAAUUGCGCGAUCAAGAAGCCAACAAGGGCAAGGGCGUCACUCGUGAGGCUCAGCAGAUCUACGAUGCCUUAAAGAGAAUGCUCCCUACUCGCUGGCACGAGCAAGAGAUUGUCGUCAGUGAUUCGGUGAUCAUUAGUCCGCCAUACACUGUAAACGACUGCAAGGCUCCCAAGGGCAAGGACCAGGCUCUCGACAGGAUCAAGAUGAUCUUGGACGGUGAGAGGAGAAAGAUCGCUCAACGCGCCGCUCAGGGAGGCACACCACCCCCUGGCGCUCCUAGAAAGGGAGGUUGAGAAAUACCUACCCUUUGCAAAAGAGAAGAAGGCACAUGAGCGCCAUCAGUGCAUAUGCUUCAGAUGAACUCAAGCGAAGCGUUCCGGCUAUACAUACCCAAUAUCAUAAAUCAAGGGUGUCUACAGGCAUCAUUUUCCAGCGCAAUCAACAUCUGAUAUCAAAGUUCAACUUUCUCGACCAUGACCUUCAUGUCUUCGUCUCAUUGCUCUAUUUCAAGGUAUAACUCUUUCCUCCCUAUCUCUGAACCCAGCAAAUCAUACUUCAUGCUCUCUGUCAUAACUACAAUACGAACCCGACUCCCC